AUGGGUGGAAGGACGGACUCCCAGGUGAAGGUGAGAGGCCAUCGAGUAGACCUGUCCGAGAUCGAGGCUGCUCUUGCCAAGUUGGGCCUCGCCGUCUCCAAAGCCACCGUCCUCUGCUACCAUCCCGGAGACCUCGACCAGGACAUCGUUGCCUUCUACGUGGGUACGGUCGCGACAGAAGAGGUCCAAGAUCGAUUGAAGUCUUUGCUGGUGGAUUACAUGGUGCCCCAGGUCGUAAGGGUCUCCCGUAUUCCACUCCUUCCAAAUGGGAAGAUUGAUCGGCAGGCUCUUCUUCAUACCUUUCAAGCAUGCCGUUCCCGUUCCGUGGUGCCUCUAGGCGGCGACAUCAUGGAGAAGCUUCCGGAAGAGAAAAGAGAUGCCGCUGCUUUUCUUUUUCGCGUCGUGUCUGACGUUCUCGGAUUUAGUCUGAAGAAGGAACAACUGAAUCUGCAGUCGAAUUUCUUUGACAUCGGCGGGAAUUCCUUGAACGCAUUGCUGGUUGCCAUCCGCCUGACCGAUCUCGGAUUCCCCAUCGGCAUUGGAGAGUUCCUGAAGGCGCCUCAUCUGGGAGAAGUAUUGGACAGGAUGUGCUUGAGAGGUGAUGGGGAAGCAAGAGAAUCUUGGACAGGAAGUCAUUCAUUCCUCAUCCAGCCUCUGACGGGAGAAGACAGAGAAGAAUUCAUCAGGAUGUUGUCACGGGCCUUCGCCACGAAGGGGGACCUGGAACAGUGGAUCGGUUGCACCGAAAAAGAUUUCAACAUUUGGCAGAACAACAUGUGGCCCUUUGCCCUGGAGCACGACCUCAGGUGGGGAACGGGAUCUCUCUCGGGAAGCUGGCGGAUGCUUGCGAGUCGCGUGAUCUGUCCGCCGGGGGCCGAGGAGUUUCGUGGAAAGCCAUCAGGAGGAAUGAACGAAAGGAUCCCGCCCCGAAUUUCCCUGCAUAAGGAAGUUUCCACUCCCAAAGAGGGAUCAUUUUCUCAUAAGCCGCAGCACAUGUGGUUUUUCACAGCAAAAUCCCAGUCUGUGCAGGAACCAACCUGGCGAAAAUGGGACCACUUGACCUGGAAUGACCCACCUGCUCUGUCUCACCUCCCUCCAUUCCCACCUUUCUCUCCCCCCAGCUUCUCGGUCCGAAGACACGAUGGGAGAUUGAUCGCGGUAGCUUUCAAUCUGGACCUGUCCAAAGAGCCCGAUAUGGACCCACCAGAGGCCCUGCUACCCGUCUUGACCCUGCUCGACUCGGUGGAAAGUCCGAAUAAGUUCGUACUCGCUUCAUUUGCCGAUGCAAGAGUCUCCUCCUUUAUCGUCGUCAUGGGUUGGAACGAAUCAUUUAGGAGCCUUCACAUUCCUCGGGGAGAAAAGGUGAUCCACAGCUUCAUGAUGGCCACGGACGAAAGUGUGUCGAAGCAGGAAAACGUCCUCAUCAUUCAAGUCAUGGAGGAAGAAAUCAUUCGCUUGGCCAAAAUGAAGGGAUAUUCUGCCAUUCUCACCACCAACACCAACGCCCUCACUCAGCAAUUGGCGUCCCUGCUGGGCUACGAAUUGCUCCAGGACUUCCAAGUGAAUCAGUUCGUUAUGCCGGACGGCUCCACACCUUUUUCCCGAGCUCCGGAUGAGCAGAGGGCCAUAUGCGUCUUGAAACACGUCUGAGACAAGAGUCUCAUCCUGUCGACAGUUUUCUUCAAUCAUUGCAGAUUGCUUCUUUUGUGGUUUCCUUUCUCCAUUCCAUUUCAUGAAACCUGGCAAACACAUGGCUGCUAUUCAAUGGUGAACAGAGUCGAAAUGGAUCCUCAAUGCCAUGACGAAUCCCCAAGCAUCAGAUUCCCCAGCCCUGCAUCACAAGGACGAAGGCUGGGCAUGAACCCUUUGACGGUCCCGCCUGAGUAUGCACCCAGAUCAACGCCGUCGUGUUUUCUUCUUUUUUUUCAAUUUUUCAUCCGCCUUAUUUAUUUCAAGGAAAGUGUCGCAGUUUCGUCAGUUAGAAUCAAAAUAUAUUGGUUCCAUCAACAUUUUAUUGAAUAUGGUUCUAUAUUCUGGGAAAAAAAUAAUUGAAAAUAACAGAAAAAUCAUUUUAAAAAAAAAGCGAGAAAAGAAGUUCAGAAUUCCACUUGAAAACUCGACAGUUUAAGGGUUAAUUACCCGGGCUUCCCAAGGGAAAAUUUCUCUGGGUCCUCGCUGAGAAAUCCACUUCGGGCAUUCUCGACCACUCGCUUGCUCUCUCUCUCUCCUCUCCUUUUCUCAUUAUCUCUUUUUCCCACUUUCUUCUUAUCUCUCUCUCCCUCUCUCCCUGAAUUUUCAUUUUUUAAUUCUCGUAUUAUACAUAAAUGCCUCCUCACUUCGG